AUGUCUGAGGCAGCUGUUAGAGUACUAAAAUCCGGCAUGCGUUUACCACCCUUGCCUACCGUACGCGACCUGGUGAAAUUGUACCAACUGCAGGCUUUAAAACAAUUAUCCCAAAACUUUUUGAUGGAUGAACGUAUCACUGAUAAAAUUGUAAAAUCCGCCGGUCGCAUUGAUAGCCGUGAUGUGGUUUUAGAAGUUGGCCCUGGCCCAGGAGCCAUCACACGCUCCAUUUUGAGACGUUCCCCACAACGUUUAAUUUUGGUGGAGAAAGAUCAACGCUUCCUACCCUCCCUGGAAUUGUUAAAAGAAUGUGCCAAACCCUUAGAUCUGCAAGUCGACAUCCAUAUCGAUGAUAUUUUGCGUUUCAAUAUGGAACAUCAUAUACCCGACACCGCGCAACGUUUACAUUUAAUUGGCAAUUUACCAUUUGCCAUAUCGACAAGAUUAAUUAUAAAUUGGUUUGAGGAUUUGUCGCUGCGUCGUGGUGCAUUCCGCCGCAAUGACACCUGCAUGACAUUGACGUUCCAAAAAGAGGUGGCCGAACGCAUCUGUGCCAAUUUGGGUGAUAAACAAAGAUGCCGUUUAUCGGUGAUGUCCCAGAUAUGGACCCAGCCUGUUAUGAAAUUUAUAAUACCCGGCAAGGCGUUUGUACCCAAGCCAGAAGUUGAUGUGGGAGUGGUGAAAUUGAUACCCCUAAAGCAGCCUAAAACUGAUUUACCAUUUGGUUUGGUUGAAAAAGUGGUGCGGCACAUAUUCAAUAUGCGUCAGAAAUAUUGUCGUCGGGGUUAUGGUACACUGUUCCCACCACAAGAUCGGGAUGAUAUUUGUUAUGAACUUUUCCAGCGGGCCGAUGUGGAAGAUACUUUGAGACCUUUCCAAUUGUCUGUGGAUGAGUGUUUGCGUUUGGCCACGGUGUAUAAAGAGUUUGUAGAUGCCAAUCCCGAUAUAGCCCAAUAUGAUUUUAGAGCUCAGAAAAAUCCUCCAAUGGAAAUGUUAAACGCCACCACUACUUAUGAUGAUUAUGUGUAA